GAAGUAGAUAUUUACACAGUGAAGACUGAAGAAUUGGCAUUUACUUCUGCGUUCUGCCUCCAAAUUCAGCGUAAUGACUACAUUCAUGCCCUGGUCACCUAUUUUAAUAUAGAAUUUACCAAGUGUCACAAGAAGAUGGGAUUUUCUACAGCACCUGAUGCUCCCUAUACUCACUGGAAGCAAACUGUCUUCUACUUAGAGGACUAUUUAACUGUGAGACGAGGAGAAGAAAUCUAUGGGACUAUAUCCAUGAAACCAAAUGCAAAAAAUGUGCGUGACCUGGAUUUCACCGUAGACUUGGAUUUUAAAGGACAGCUAUGUGAAAUGUCAGUAUCUAAUGACUACAAAAUGCGCUAG